AUUAGGGGACCACUAAGGUCUAUUUAAAAGCAUCCGAAGAGCACCAUGUCAUGGGAGCUUUAAAGCAGGGGUUUUCAAAUUGGGUGAAUGUGAGCCUCCCCUUAGAGUAGGUAAGGACAGCCGAACCCCCCCUUCCCCAAAAUCCCGUCCGCCUGCCCUUUAGUAUGACUGUUUCGGAGUUCAGGAGCUUCACAGUUUGCCGUGACAGCGGCGCAGUGCCUGCCCGGUUCGCUGGCUUUCUGCCUGACUGUCAGACCCCGAUACAUGCUGGCUGGAGCUCUCUCAGGAGAUACUGAAUACUGGCCCAGAGAAAAGGAGAAGAUAUCGGACAAUGGAGCGGGACAUGUGGAUUUAAAUCAGUGGCGCAGUGGACUUGCAAUGGGCGGUGUGCAGGACCUGCCGGCAGCGGUUCACGAUGAAAGACUGAGAUCAGCCACGAGGGUCAGUGUGAGGACAAAGAAACCUCUCUGUUUGUGGAACAGUACAGCCAGACAAUACCAGCUUGUAAGAGAAGCCUUUAUUUUUGACAGGACAGCUGAAAAAAUGAAAGGGGAGAAAGAGGUGGAACAACACGCAGCAAAGGAUUGCAGGAUCCGGGCCCUGCCACACCAAGGAGGAAACUUCUAUAAAUGGCUGCCCGCUCUACUAAACGAGCUAUCCAGGCGCCAAAUUGCACUUGCAACGACAAUACUACUCUCAGUAAUAGCAGUAAUAGCAUGGGUAGUGGGUGCAGAAAGAACGGCGGGUGCAGCAGUACUAGCCACAAUAUUACUGGCAGUAAUAGUGGUAAUAGCAGGGGCAGUAGGUGCAGCAGAAAAUGCGGGUGCAGCGGGUGCAGCAGUAAUAGCAGGGACAGUAGAUGUAGUAGGAACUGAGGGUGCAGCAGUAUAUAGCGGGGGUAGUAGGUCUUGGGGCAUUUUCAGCCUUUAUUUUUGACAGGACAGGUCAAGAAAUAAAAGGGAAAAAGAGGGGGAGCAACACGCAGCAAAGGAUUGCAGGUCUGAGCUGAAAGGGGCCCCGCCACACCCAGGAGGAAACCUCUAUAAAUGGCUGCAUGCUCCACCAACCAAGCUAUCCAGGAACCAAAUUGCACUUGCAGCCACAAUACUACUCUCAGUAAUAGCAGUAAAAGCAGGGGCAGUAGGUGCAGUAGGAACUGUGGUUGUGGCAGUAAUAGCAGGGGCAGUAGGUGCAGUAGGAACUGUAGUUGCAGCAGUAAUAGCAGUAAUAGCAGGGGCAGUAGGUGCAUUAGGAACUGUGGUUGCAGCAGUAAUAGCAGGGGCAGUAGGUGCAUUAGGAAUUGUGGUUGCGGCAGUAAUAGCAGAGGCAGUAGGUGCAGUAGGAACUGUGGUUGCUGCAGUAAUAGCAGGGGCAGUAGAUGCAGUAGGAACUGUGGUUGCAGCAGUAAUAGCAGUAAUAGCAGGGCCAGUAGAUGCAGUAGGAACUGCGGUUGCGGCAGUAAAAGCAGUAAUAGCAGGGGCAGUAGGUGCAGUAGGAACUGCGGUUGCAGCAGUAAUAGCAGGGGCAGUAGGUGCAGUAGGAACUGCGGUUGCGGCAGUAAUAGCAGGGGCAGUAGGUGCAGUAGGAACUGUGGUUGCAGCAGUAAUAGCAGUAAUAGCAGGGCCAGUAGGUGCAGUAGGAACUGCGGUUGCGGCAGUAAAAGCAGUAAUAGCAGGGGCAGUAGGUGCAGUAGGAACUGCGGUUGCAGCAGUAAUAGCAGGGGCAGUAGGUGCAGUAGGAACUGCGGUUGCGGCAGUAAUAGCAGGGGCAGUAGGUGCAGUAGGAACUGUGGUUGCAGCAGUAAUAGCAGUAAUAGCAGGGGCAGUAGUUGCAAUAGGAACUGCGGUUGCGGCAGGAAUAGCAGGGGCAGUAGGUGCAGUAGGAACUGCAGGUGCAGAGGGUGCAGCAGUAAUAGCAGGGGCAGUAGGUGCAGUAGGAACUGCAGUUGUGGCAGUAAUAGCAGGGGCAGUAGGUGCAGUAGGAACUGCUGGUGCAGAAGGUGCAGCAGUAAUAGCAGGGGCAGUAGGUGCAGUAGGAACUGUGGUUGCGGCAGUAAUAGCAGGGGCAGUAGGUGCAGUAGGAACUGCGGUUGCGGCAGUAAUAGCAGGGGCAGUAGGUGCAGUAGAACUGCAGGUGCUGCGGGUGCAGCAGUAUGAGCAGUAAUAGCAGGGGCAGUAGGUGCAGUAGGAAUUGCGAUUGCAGCAGUAAUUGCAGUAAUAGCAGGGGCAGUAGGUGCAGUAGAAACUGCGGUUGCAGGAGUAAAAGCAGGGGCAGUAGGUUGUGUAGGAACAGGAAUUGCAGCAAAAAUAAUAGCAGCUUUUGCCUUGGGGGCAGGAGUAGUAGGAGUAGCAAGAUUAUGGGUUGUGACAGAUUUUUUUAGAGGGUCUGUCACUUACAACCAUAUUGCUGGUUGUUGCAUGCUACUCAAUUUUUUUACGAUGUGUCCUUUGCUGGGACCCUGCUCUUACUUUUUCGGCUAUUACUAAUGUUCUUGUUGUUAGUGUAAUCAUUCUUGCUGUAAUAGGAGCAUGUACCUAUACAACCCUGUCUCACGGCAGUUUGUGAAAUGGUCACCUUAUUUAAUCUAUUGAUUCGUGUAUAAGGACAUGUUUAUGUGUGUAUUGUCGCAUUCUUGAUGCUUCCCAUUUUAUGCUCUCCAACAUGAUGAAAACAAUAUAAACAUGUACGUGUACACAAACUGUUGACCUAUAAGAUUUAUAGCAGUCUAACUUGUGUGAAUGGCAAAGUAUCGGCAUUUACUUUGAGAGGAAAAAACAAAAGACAGCGGUUGGCUCGAUAUUGAUGCAUCAAACUUUACCAUUUAUUCUCUAAUGUUUUAAACUCAGACUUGAAUCUAUGCUUCUCCUUUAAGGUUUCGGGAUGGUUUGCCAUAGGGGGAUACAGAGUAGCUUAUAGUAGUUAUAGCUCAGUGUGAGAUUAAGCCCUUGUGUUGUCUUCCCAUCUGGGUCAAAAUUUUAAAUAUACAUAUUUUUUUUUGACAUUUUGGUUGUCUUUUUCAACAUUUUU